AAGCCUGUCAUGGUUAAAAAGUUAAGUAAAUUAAAUAAAUAUGGGCCAAAAAAAAAGUUUACAUACCGUUUUUAAGCAGGUGACGCUGUAACCAUGGAAACAGCACAUUCCCAGACUGUGCGGGACAGGUAGCUAGCUAGCUAGCUAGCUAAAUAAGUUUGUUAAAAAAAUGACAUCGAUACAGAGAAAACUCUUUAAAUGUGUGUUGUCUGGGGACUUGGAGAGCAUUAAGGAGCAUUUUGAACGCGAGGCUGUCACCGGUGAGUCGCAGGAAACAGACCCGUGGGGAGUGAAGGACGAGGUCGGGAGGAACGGCCUGUUAACCGCCUGCAUGCUGGGGAGGAGCGCCAUCGUCCGGGAGCUGGUCGGACACGGGGCCCGGGUCGACGAGCAGACGGUCAGAGGUUACUCCUCGCUGCACCUUGCUGCCUGCUGGGGCCACCUGGAGACCGUGAGGACUCUGCUCGAACUGGGAGCUGACACACAGGCCAAGACCUUCAGAGGGGAGACCCCUUUGGACCUGGCCAGGACCUACUCCAGGACAGACUGUGCUGACUGUCUCCUCCUGGCCGAAGCUAAACAGGACCUGAUGUCAUAUGUAGCCUUUGUUAAGGACCUUGUCUCUGACCCAGAGAGUAGCCUUACAAAGAAGGAAAAGAACAUCUGUACAUGUGCAUGCUCCGUCCAGACAGACUGGAUCCAGAGUGUCAAAAACCCAACGAUCUCAGACUUCAAAGCCCAAAGGAAAGACUUAGAGGACACCCUUCAGCCGGUUCUCGACAAGCUGUCAGCUCAGUCAGCUGGGGUGCCCGUCAAACCAGCAGGAAAGGUCUAAAGCAGAGGAAGAUCUGUGCUGUGUUAAUAAAUGUGGGGAAAAUUGACAUUGUUUCUCUGUAUAAUUAGUUGAAAAUGGAAAUUAAUUUAUAUUUAAAAGUAUCUCCUUUACACUUGAGUGUCUGUAAGAACAUGAGCAGUUUAGCUAAAAUGUUUGGGUUUUGGAUAUACUGCAACUUCAACUCAAAACUUGAAGGGAACAUUACCCUUGCUAAACUUUUGAAAGGGGAAUUAAUGAGGUCUCCUAAAGGGACCUUAUUUUUUGUCCAAAGUACCAAACCCACGCAGAAAAAACUCGAGUUUUAUGUCGAAAAUGGACAACAGCACGCCAGUUUUGUGGACAUUGGAUGUUUUUUGACCCCUGAAGAAGUAAAAUCUGAAUUUAACAAUUCACACUCUCAAUGUGUCAGUUGUUUUGUUUUGUUGUCAGUGGUUACUGUUGACUGUUUCUAAAGUCACCAAGAACAUAAGAGUCUCUCUAGCUCGUCUGUGUUGCUAAAUGCUUGAGGAUCAAUUCAUUUAUAUUUAUUUCACUUUUUUGAACAAUAGCUUUGAGGUCCGUAGUGUUGAACACAUGGUGCCAUUUCUUAAAUUAAUCUGAAUCAGAACCAGAGAUUUUUUUUUUUUUAUUCCACGCAAUCCUCUUCUUCCUACAUUACCCACAUUGCAACUCGACCACAAACAGUUUGGUUGUUUUACGCUAGUAGGGGCUGAUGUAGCGUCUAGUAGACAGAAUGAGUUCUCUACAGAGGUCUGCUCAGUUGCCAGAACCCAAGAUUGAUAUUUUUUUCAUUUUCAAACUGAGACUGACUUAAGUGACAUCACUUGAGGCAACUCAUCAAAUUCCAAACAGCUCCCUCUGGAGCACACAAAAGGCUUUAUUAACGUUUUUAUUCACAUAUGCAGUAGUGCUCCACAUCACCUUUAAAUGCACUAUGACUCCAUAUAAUGUCAAACCUGUGGAGAUCCCCUUAAAUCCAAGUAGGCUGACUGCGGGUGGAAGGUACGACAGGACACGCCCACUACACACCCCCUCACUCGAAAUCCUCACAGUUAGGUCAGGUUUAGGAAAACAUCAUGGUUUCAGUAAAAGUGAGUACGCUAACCCAGGAAUUAUCUCGGGGGGGGGUCGUGUAGUGAAGUUAGUGUGUCUUGUGGUAAAGUGCAGAUAGACCUUUUAAGUAAUACCGCUGACUCACACCCGCAGAUCUACUUCUUUCAUACAGUACACACGCAGCAAAAUCCAAGAACACAAGAAUGUACAGCAUUCCUAUGUGCACCCAACAAAGCAAUAGUACCCAUGUAACUGUUACACCAAUUAAAACGCUUUUGCGGCAUCACUCUUGCAUAUCAACCACCGUUGCAAUAGCAACAUUCUACAGAAAUCAUGUUGAGUGCCGUGGCUUGUAGGACAACGUUGUUUUGUGCAGAUCAAAGGCACUCGAAUCAAAAAAAUGAAAUUUUAGCACACAAAGUCCCAACCACCUAAAGGUGUCACAGCUGUGGGUCCCAGCCUGAAAACUCCUGUUGUCUCUUUGUCCCUUUUUAGAGUCAACAUCACACCAUCCAGAUUAACCCACUGCCUUUAACCCGCUGACAGCGUCUCAUAGUCUUCAUCUACGAUCUUCAGUCUGCGGCAGAACAAUUUGAACUAACAUUUAACUCAUAACCUCUACACACAUGUUGCGUCUAUACAAGGUUAUCAGUUAUACAGAGACAAACUGAACAUUAGACAGAUCAUUAGUAGGUGUAUCUUCUUCAGGACACGGAUAUGAGCUCGCAUUUCCCUGCAAAAUACUACACGUCCAACUCGGUGUCAGUGUUUGUCGCUGAACACAACGCAGAUAUUGGUAGAGGGUACAGAAAGACAUUUUCAGUUAGGUUGAAAAAGUUCAAAAUACAAAACCAUGCAAGCACACGUGUCUUGCACAGUGUACAGUCCAGUCUCCGUCAAAAUAUGACAAGUACCGAGAUGUUGCUAUUUCAGGUGCACAGCUCAUUGUUCAGUAGCAGAAAUGGUUUCCCAACGGGGAGGAGGGAGGUCAGGUUAAUCUCCUUUUUUUCUUUUUUUACUUCCUUUGGUUCUUGCUGACGGAGCACCACUAAAACACAAAAUGCUUUUCCUCUGUAAUGCCCUGUCAGUCCUGGAGGAGACUGUGCAUAUUAGACGGGACUUGUUUUUUGUUCAUUGUCCUCAGCAGCGGCGUCCACACUGCCAUCCUGUCUUUCCAUUUCAUAAACCUGACCAACACAGUUGGUACUGGAGAGGUGAUGAUGAGUGGAGAAACAGACAGUUACGGUGCUUCGUGGUUUCAGUUCAGUCAAACUCAUUACAUGUAUUUACAGGGUGUUGUGGAAGAUAAAGGUCUACGUCAUUCUCACUCAGGGUUACGGUUCAUUAAAGGGGACAUAUCGUGCUCAUUUUCAGGUUCAUAGUUCUAUUUUGGGUUUCUUCUGGAACACGUUUACAAGCUUUGAUGUCCUUUGCAAAUGUAGUUCUCGAGCCGUGGGUGGAGAUAUUCAGAUGGUAUUCUCAUGGGACUGCAUGUGAACUAGGAAGGGGAGCCGUGAUAUGUCCCCUUUAAGUACUUUUCCCUCAACUUCCAUCCCUGUCCCUGCUUCUGUUGUUAGACACUUUGCAGUUAUCAUAUUGUGCUAUGUUUAUGUUUGUAUAUAAAACAGGAGAGUAAGGCGUUUUUUUUUCCUUUCUCUCUUGUUAUAUACACCUGAGAAUAGGUUUAAUCAGCCAAAAAUAUGUCUGAGACAAAAGAUGCCAAGAUAAAAUACAUGAUUUCCAUCAAAUUUCCACUUUAGUCAUUUUAUUGGUUACUUAGUAAUAAUCAAAUGAAUUUACUAUUGUUUUGAGUUGGCCUAAUUCAGACAAUUUAAGCAGUUCACCUUUUUGUAAACACUCUCUUAGGCUCAUAUGUCAACUAACUAACAUCCAAACUUGUGGUGACUAAAGAUCAUUUUUCCAAUAUAGAUGUUUGGUCAAAAAUAUUGUCAUAUUUGAUUCCCUCCAUAUUGCCAAGCCCUUAAUUCAAUUUUAUUAAAUUGAUGUUCUUGAAGCAAAGAUCAAACCAAGGUUGCACGAGACCCAGCCUUUUAAAAUGAUACUUCCCGGGUCCUCUUGUCUCAGAGUUUGAGAGACCCGUGUCUACACUGUGGACAAGGCCAAUAAAUAUAAAUUGUUGCAACUUUAUAAAUGAAAGUCAUUAUUCACCGUUGAUCCAAAGUUGAAAUGCUCCGUCUCAGAUGACAACUCUGGAACAGCAGACCACUUCAAGACGGUGCUAGUUGAACUGUUGUGGUAUACUAAUGCUGGUAAACAGACGGUUUGUUUUUCAAAUGCUAUCCGGUGGCCAGUAACCCCGUAUUACAUAUUUCUAUCCAGUCACAAAUAAUGAUAGCUUGACGUUUCACUAGCUGACCGAAGCUGAUGGUGACCUUGAUGCUCCGUGCCUGUCUGGAAUACAUGAACAUGGCUUUUAUUCGUAUGUUUCCACUGGAUUCUCAUGUGAUGAAUAUAGGACUUUACAUCAUGUCAGUCACUUCAGGUUCCGUUGU